AUGGCGUCAAAGCAGAACCGAAGCGUGCGGUCCUGCCCUCGGUUUCCCGCCGGACCUGCCUUCCGGCUUUGGCGUGCGGGAGCGGCCGCCCCCCCGGCCUCGGGGUCCCGUGACGUGCAGGCUCCGUCGUGUCCGCCAUCUACCCAUCCAUCUACCCACCUAUCCACCCACCCACCCAUCUACCCAUCCAUCUACCCAUCCAUUCACCCACCCACCCAUCUGCCCAUCCAUCUAUCCAUCUGUCCAUCCACUCAUCUACCCACCCAUCCAUCCACCCAUCUAUCCAUCCACCCAUCCAUCCACCCAUCUACUCACCCAUCCACCCACCCAUCUACCCAUCUAUCUACCCAUCCAUUCACCCACCCACCCAUCUACCCAUCCAUCUAUCCAUCCACCCAUCCAUCCACCCAUCCAUCCACUCAUCUACCCACCCAUCCACCCACCCAUCUACCCAUCCAUCUACCCAUCCAUUCACCCACCCACCCAUCUACCCAUCCAUCUAUCCAUCCACCUAUCCAUCCACCCAUCCACCCAUCCACCCACCCAUCUAUCCAUCCAUCUACCCAUCCAUUCACCCACCCACCCAUCUACCCAUCCAUCUAUCCAUCCACCCAUCCAUCCACCCAUCCACCCACCCACCUAUCCAUCCAUCUACCCAUCCAUUCACCCAUCCACCCAUCUACC